GAGUCAUCAUGGCAAAGCAGCCACUUGGGAAAACGUUGUUGAGGAAUGUGAUCCGCCACACAGAUGCCCACAACAAGAUCCAGGAGGAGACGGAUAUGUGGAAAAUGCGAGGCUGGGAGACGCAGAUGUCCCAUCACAAACAUUUGUCAGGUGCAGAGAGCGUCAGAGGAAGAUUGCACUGUGAGCGACGGUCAGAUCAACGUAGAGACGUAGGUGGAAGUGGAGAGCGAGCAUCAGAACAUGAUGACAGAGAUGCUCAAUAUUGGACUCGAAAACUGUAUGAAUUUGAAGCUAAAGACCCUGAAAGGUGGGGACAUAGCGGCUUCAAAGAGCUUUAUCCAGAGGAGUUUGACAGGGAUUGUGAAAGAAACGGUGCCAAAAAGAAGAACGGGCGCCACAAAAUAAAAAAGUCUGAGUCUGUCUCAGAAGCGAGCUUGUCCAAACGAUCCAAAAAAUCCUCGCGCAAGAAAAAAAAGAAAAAGAAGAAAGACGAGGAGGGAAAACGUAAGAAAGCAGAGUGCUCGAGCAGCAGCGAUGACAGCGGUGACGAAAAAGAAAAACUGCCAAAGAAGAGGGCUAAAAGUCGACAUAAAAACAAGAAAACCACCAAAAAAAGAGGCAGAGACGAGGACAGCAGCUCGGGAGACAGUAAUGACGAACAUGAAAGUCGGACUCACAAAAGCAAAAAACGCAAACGUAUCUCACACAAAGACUCCGACUCAGGGCUUUACUCAAAAAAGAAGAGGAAAAACUGGAAAGCAGCAGGUGAGGAGUGCUCGGGCGUUAGUUCUGCAGACUGAGAUGGAACAGACGCGAACGGACUCACAGCUCGGGGAAAGACCAGGAAAAGUACAGCAGAUUCUUUUGUUUGCUUCAACUUCACACAGGGCUUCUCCCUGCAGGGCUGUUCCGUUUUAGACUGUGUUAGACAUCAACAAACCUGUGCUGUCGGCUCUUUCUGUGGGCGUUCUGUGCUGUGAAAGCUCAUCCACCUCUGCAGUGGCUUGAAGCGCGGCAGUACAGACAGCUUGAAGAGGGAUGGUGGGGUAUCCACCACCUGGCUCAGAGAGAAUCCUGUCAGCUGCAGGCUCAUGGAUUGAUCGUUGACUCCCGCCUCACACUGUCUGCCUCAUGAGGAGACCCCUGUGUCCUGAAUUGACUGGUUUUUUUUUUUAAGCACAUGUUGAAAAAAGAACAAUUAUGCAACUCUUUUACCUUUUUGUUUUAUUCAUGAUUUUUAAUAUUUGUAUGCAGCACAUUGUGAUAGUUGAAAAAUAAACAUAUUUUUCAUUU